GGAGGGGGACAUGGUCAGAAGAGCAGACAGGCUUUUAGGCAGGGUGGGAAACGCAGACCGCCAGCCGUAUACACACUAACACACAUGCACAAAAGCAGAGCUCAAAGGAUUUCAAAUGGGACCGUGUAACUUUUGCUGCCCGGUGUGGAUCUAAGGGCCUUUUCUGUGUCGGAAUGGGCGGCACUACGAGAUGGAAAGGAUGCUGGGUAAGGAACUCCAGAGAGUUAGACUGAUCCCACACCGUUUCUCUAUUUCUCCCCGCAUCAGAUCCUGGAGCUCAGGACUUGGUCAUGAACUUUGCUCUCUCUGUACUGAGGCUGAUGUGCCUGGCCUGGCUGUGGCCCGUCGUCCUUCUCAAAGGAAGCAACACGCAAAACCAGCGCAGGCACAAGGACGUCUACCUGGGCAAAAACACACGGCACAAACAUGGAGGACGAAUAGACUUUAAAACGAAGAAGUCUGACAGCACCAAAUCUCUGCUGAUUAAAUCAGAGCAGCUCUUGCGAAUUGAAGAUCACGACUUCGCCAUGAGGCCUGGUUUUGGAGGUUCGGCUAUUCCAGUGGGCAUCGAUGUGCAGGUGGAGAGCAUUGACAGCAUUUCAGAGGUCAAUAUGGACUUCACCAUGACAUUGUACCUUAGGCAUUACUGGCAGGACGACAGACUGGCCUUCCCCUCCAGCAGUAACAAAAGCCGAACUUUUGACGCUCGGCUGGUGAAAAAGAUCUGGGUGCCUGACGUCUUCUUUGUUCACACCAAGCGUUCUUUCAUUCACGACACCACCAUGGAAAACAUCAUGCUCAGAGUCUAUCCAGAUGGAAACAUUCUCUACAGCGUCAGAAUCACAGUGACGGCUCUCUGCUCUAUGGACUUCAGCAGGUUUCCUCUAGACACACAGAACUGCUCUCUAGAGCUGGAGAGUUACGCUUACAAUGAGAACGACCUCAUGCUCUAUUGGAAGAAUGGGAACGAUUCAUUAAGGACUGACGAGAUUGCACUCUUGCAGUUUUUUAUUGAAGAAUUCCACCCUUCCUUCGGGCUAGCCUUCUACAGCAGCACCGGCUGGUAUAACAGGCUGUACAUAAACUUCAUCCUCAGGAGACACAUAUUCUUCUUCAUGCUGCAGACAUACUUUCCCACAAUGCUAAUGGUCAUGCUCUCCUGGGUGUCCUUCUGGAUCGACAGGAGAGCCGUACCGGCCCGUGUCUCUCUAGGAAUCACAACCGUGUUGACCAUGUCUACUAUAAUAACAGGCGUCUCAGCGUCAAUGCCUCAGGUGUCUUAUGUGAAGGCGGUGGACAUUUACCUUUGGGCCAGUUUCCUCUUUGUUUUCCUGUCGGUCAUUGAAUAUGCUGCCGUGAACUACUUCACCACGGUGGAAGAGAUGAAAAAACUUCAGAAAGGAAAGCUUCCAGUUUCCUACGACGCAACCCAGGCUAUGGCCUACGAUGGCUGUUUUCACGAUGACAUAGAUGUAUCGCCUUUCCCCGAGCUCCCCACCACACCCAGCACGACGCGGACCAUCCCACCCAGAGCCUCCUCCACCGAGCCUCCACCCACCGAAGGCACGAGACUCUGGAGGAAACGCUCAGUCGGCAAAAAUAUCCGAUUCAUAAUGAGCAACAGCUACAUGAUUGACUCGUACUCCAGAAUCAUCUUUCCACUGGCAUAUCUUCUCUUCAACAUCAUGUACUGGUGUAUCUACUCUUGAUCGUGUAGCUUGAGUUUUCUGAUCUGUCACUGUAAUAAGUCCAGGAUAAACUAGUCUUAUUGCACAAGACAGUUGAACUUUGGGCCUGAGAUGGCUGUCAAAAUGAAAGCUCUGACAAUAAGCACAAGUGACCUGACAGUUUUGAUUAAGUGUAACUGGAGAAAGAUCCAGACAGACAUUAGAUAUGGAGAUCUCUUAAACAUUUAGCAUUUCUUAUAGCAUGUGAAGGAAUGUCUUUUGUCAUAAACCCUCAAACGCAGGGAGCAUGUUCAUCUCAUUCAAGGAUAUACUGUAGCUUACCUCACUCUUGUGACCAUUCUUAUGGGAUCCAUCCACCACCCCAGCUUUAUCUUCUAGAAUUCAUUAGAUCCGAGAGCGGAAACUCAAAACCAAGCCAACCUGCUUUAUAUGCUCAAGAAUUAUAUGAACAUGUAAACUUGUGAAUAAAUUAAAUAAAAUAACUCUCAAGCUAGUCUCACAUAGUAGGACUUUUGACUCAUCAGAGUUUGGCCCGUGUUUUUUUUCUGUUAGAACCGCCCACUUGAACAGGAAGUAGCUGUCUGAGUGACAUAAAGGGACCAAUCACAGUUCAGAGUUUCACCCUUGACAUUUUCUCUGCCAUUCAAAAGUUUGGGGUUGGUAAGAUUUUUAAUGUUUUUGAAAGAUGGUCU